CCGGAAGUUGGAGGGGUGGUUCCAGCUGAUCCACACAACAGAACCACCUCCAGCAGCGCGGAAAGCGGUCCCGUUACCGGCGGCAGCUCGCCUCUGCCGGGUGUUGUAUAGACGACGUCGGCCUCCCCGCCGGUCCGCAGCUCGGGCCUUUCCUGUCAUGGUCCCAGCGCGGAGAUGGCGUCUGUACCGGGCUUGUGUGAGGAGGACCCCGCCGAACGGGACGGGUCCUUGCAGCAGAUGCUGAAGGCCAUCGCCGACGAACGGAACCGACUCAACAUCCGGCAGGAAACCAGCGGCCUGGGUUGUUUUAAGGAUGACCGCAUCGUGUUCUGGACCUGGAUGUUCUCCACCUACUUCAUGGAGAAGUGGGCUCUCCAGCAAGACGACAUGCUCUUCUACGUGCGGCGAAAGUUGGCCUACGUGGGCACCGACAACACGGAGGGCAAGAAGGUGGAGGUGGAAGUCUACAGGAGAGACUCCAAGAAGCUUCCGGGCCUCGGAGACCCGGACAUCGACUGGGAGGAGAGCGUCUACCUCAACCUUAUCCUGCAGAAACUGGACUACGUGGUGACAUGCGCCGUGUGCACGCGCUCAGACGCGGGCGACAUCCACAUCCACAAGAAGAAAUGUCAGGAAGUGUUUGCGUCUCCCAGCAAACAUGCCAUGGACAGCAAGGGGGAGGAGUCGAAGAUGAGCUACCCGAACAUCUUCUUCAUGAUUGACAACUUCGAGGAGGUGUUCAGCGACAUGACGGUGGGGGAGGGAGAGAUGGUGUGCGUGGAGCUGGUGGCGAGCGACAAGAGCAACACCUUCCAGGGCGUCAUCUUCCAGGGCUCCAUCCGCUACGAGGCGCUGAAGAAAGUCUACGACAACCGGGUGAGCGUGGCGGCCAAGAUGGCGCAGCGUAUGUCCUUUGGCUUCUACAAGUACAACAACAUGGAGUUUGUGAGGAUGAAGGGUCCGCAGGGCAAAGGUCACGCCGAGAUGGCCGUCAGCAGAGUGCCCACCGGCGACACCUCGCCCUGCAACACCGAGGAGGAUCACGUUACGCCGCUGCACGAGAGGGUGACGUCGUUCAGCACGCCUCCCACUCCCGAGAGGACCCGCCCCUCCUUCUUCUCGCCGUCGCUCAGGCGCAAGAUCCCUCGCCACGGAAUGGCCGAGAUGAAGAAAUCUCACUCCGCCAACGACAGCGAGGAAUUCUUCCGGGAGGAUGACGAUGAAGAGCUCCACAGCGCCACCAACCUGCGCUCACGCUCCUUGUCGGGGACUGGUCGUUCUCUGGUCGGGUCUUGGCUGAAACUGAACCGCACUGAGGACUACUUCCUGCUCUACUCCCACCUGACCUACGUCACCUUGCCUCUGCACCGCAUCACCGCAGACAUCCUGGAGGUGCGUCAGAAGCCCAUCCUGAUGGCGUAGCGGCGCACCCGCGUCAUCAGCAAGUGCCUCCCUGCAUCACGCCGAAUCCGGACCCCGAUUCCGCCGCCACCAGAACCACAAACCAGCUGUCCAAGAAGUGCCUCCUCGUCUUCUUUACGUUCCUGCCGCUCAUCUCCACGGAUACGGCGCCAGGAUCACUUGACCUCAGCGUGACAAGGCAGCGGGCUUUGACCGGGAAGUGACGUGCUGUAAAUAUUCUGCUGCUUUGGAACCAGCAGACGUGAGUGUCCAGCACUGAUGCUGAAAAGGGAAGAACAAGCGUACGCCAAACAGGAAGUGGCAGCGUAUUUCUCGCCACUUCUUGCUUUUGGCCUUGUCACAGCAACACACACACACGCACUAUUAGUGUGGAGACGUGACGAUUGUUUAUUUCAAGUCCACAGUGAGACUUUUAGUGUUUUACACGAGCAUCAAUUUAUUCUUCUUUUAACCACACACACUAAAAGUAAAAACAAGA